AUGGUUUUCCAAACACCACCAAAGGUCCCCGUCCUUGAUUUAUCCGGCGAAAAUCCAAAGCCUGGCACAGAGUCUUGGCUCCCAGCCUGCAACCUCGUCCGCGACGCACUCGAAAAGUACGGUUGCUUCAUCAUAUCGCACAGUAGCCUCUCCCUUGAACAGCACAAUGGGCUCUUCCAUUCAUUGCAAGUGCUGUUUGAUCUCCCUUUAGAAACCAAAACUCAGAAUUCUCACCACAAGCCUUUCCAUGGCUAUGUUGGGCGAAUUCCCCUUUUCCCUCUCUACGAAAGCCUGGGCAUCGACAACGCUGCGACUCUCCAAGGCACUCAGAGCUUCACAAAUCUCAUGUGGCCAGCAGGAAAUGAUCAGUUCUGUGAAAGUGUGUAUUCAUUCUCAAAGCUGCUGGCGGAGAUGGAACAAAUGGCAAGUAGAAUGGUUUUUGACAGCUAUGGUGUGGGGAAGUACUGUGAGUCUUACAUUGGGUCUACGUCGUAUCUUCUUAGGCUCAUGAAAUACAGAGUGCCUCAAACAAAUGAGACCAGUGAUGGUUUUGUCACUCACACGGAUAAGAGCUUCUUGACUGUGCUUCAUCAAAAUGAAAUCAAUGGUUUGGAGUUGCAAAUAAGGGAUGGAGAGUGGAUCUCUUUUGAUCUAUCCCCUUCGUCAUUUAUCGUCAUUGCCGGAGAUGCAGCCAUGGCAUGGAGCAAUGGGAGAAUACAUUCUCCGAAGCAUCGAGUGGUAAUGAAGGGGAGCACAACAAGAUACAGCCUUGCGCUGUUUUCGUUCUUUCGGAAGAUGAUAGAAAUACCAGCAGAGCUUGUUGAUGAGGAGCACCCAUUACUGUUUAAGCCAUUUGAUCAUCUUCGGUUCCUUGCUUUCUACUACUCUGAUGAGGGCAGGGCUACCGAUAAAACAGUCAAAGCUAUCAAUGCCUAUUGCGCUGCUUAA